AUUUGGCCAAACUUAUUUCGCUGGCAACUUGCUUCCGGGAUUUGAAUGUUUUUCGGGCUAUAUCCGGGCUAUUAAUAAAUAAAAAAUGUGCUGUCAGAGACCCAAAGCAGGACCAAACGAAGUGCGAUAAUCGAAUUAAUAAAUGAAAACGCGAAAAGCCUGCAAAUCAACGUGCUAAAUGUGGUGCAUGUGCAUAUGUGUGUGUGGCCCGGGCCUUGGCCUUUUAUUUAUCGAAAUCGUAUCAAUUAAAUUAAAACGCUGAGCAAUAGCAGGCAAUUGGCAUUUACGGUGACGAUUUGGUAGCCGGCAACCGUAGCCACUGAUAAGCGGACGACGGGGAAUGCCUGUGAUUUCCGCGUAUAUAGUGUUUACCCUACCUGUUUACCGCUCAAACAAAAAAUAAAAGAAUAAAACGCAGGUGUGAUAAGAAGCAGCCGUCGUUUACACCUGGAAAUUGCUCAAUGAAAACGUGGCAAUAAGACUUACUGAGUACCCAGCAUUUAAUUUAUCUCAGAUAAUAUCAGCUGCUAGUAAGAGUAAAACUGCAUUUCUGGUGCUAAUUAGUUCAAUUCAGGCGCCAAAACUCUGCUUAACAGCUCCCUUAAUCAUAAUUUGCUACUUUAAGCUGACUACGCUUGCUCUCUCUUAAAAUCUCUUUGUUUGAAAAUGGCUGAGAGCAAUGUACCGCUGCGAGACUUUGACGAAGAGAGCGAAACGGACUCGGAGACCGAAUUGCUCAUACGCCGCGAUGUACCGAGCGGUAAACAAAACAACAACAACAUUAGGGGGCGACGCAAAACCUCCAUGGGCUACAGCGGCGUCGACGCCGACGCUGGCAGCUCUGCCGCCGGCGGCGGAGGCAGCUUUCUGGGCAAUCUCUUCGGAUCCAACAGUUUUGGCUCUGCCGCCGGCCAGAUACGUUAUAGAAAUGAGCGGAGUCGCGAGCGCGCCAAACACUCAAACGGUAGCUACAGCAGCAUUUCGAAACUGGCGCAAUUAACGCACACGUCAUCGGGCGUCUCGGGGGCGGGAUCGAUCGGUGGCGGUGGGGGUGGUAGCGGUAGCGGUAGCGGUAGUGGCACCGGCAUUGCAGUAACCACCGCCGAUGGUAGUGCAGCAGCAUCUGGAGGUCCUGCAGCCACGGGGGAUCUCAGCAAUGGCGGUACGCACAGCACCACCAUCGAUCCGGAAAAUGGCUCAUCCACAGUCUUCUACCAGCACAAUCGGCGGAAAAGCAAGAGUCGCAGUCUUGGCAACGUCUGCAAGCUGUGCCUCUGCAGCUGCUGGCGAAAAUGGUUCCGGCCACGGGAGCUGAGGGCCCGCACCGUAAAUCUGGGACGGGUCAACACGGAGAAGUUCCCACCGAACGAGAUCCGGAACCAGAAGUACAACUUCAUCACCUUUUUGCCGCUGGUGCUGUUCGAGCAGUUUCGCUUCUUCCUCAAUCUGUACUUCCUGCUGAUGGCGCUGUCACAGUUCAUUCCGGACAUCCGGAUCGGCUACCCGUACACCUACUGGGGUCCGCUGGGCUUUGUCCUGAUGGUCACCAUUUGCCGAGAGGCGGUCGACGACCUGCGUCGCCAUCAGCGGGAUCACGAGGUCAACUCGCAGAAGUACAAGCGACUGUCGGCCACCAACGGCAGCGGCUACGAGAUGGUACCCAGCUCCAAGCUGAAGGUCGGUGACGUUAUAAUCGUGGAAAAGAACGAGCGCGUGCCAGCGGAUCUGAUCCUGCUGCGCACCAGCGAUCGCAGCGGAUCGGUCUUCGUUCGUACGGACCAACUGGAUGGCGAGACGGACUGGAAACCACGUCUCGCCGUUCCGUAUACUCAAAAACUCAGUCGAGACUCGGAGCUACACAGCAUCGAUGCCAGUUUUUACGUAGAGAAGCCACAAAACGAUAUUCACAGCUUCAUUGCCACGUUCUGCAUGGCAGACGGCAGCGAAGACACCGGUCUCAGCGUGGAGAACACCCUGUGGGCCAACACUGUCGUAGCCGCAGGAACAGCCACUGGAAUUGUCAUAUACACUGGCUGCGAAACUCGCAGCGUGAUGAAUAACUCACAGCCAAGGUCCAAAGUGGGACUGCUAGACAUGGAGAUCAACGGACUGACUAAGGUUCUGUUCUGCGCCGUGCUAGGACUGUCGCUAGUCAUGAUGAUGCUUAAGGGUUUCGGCGGACCCUGGUAUCGAUACAUGUUCCGUUUCGUUUUGCUCUUCUCCUACAUCAUUCCAAUCAGUCUGCGUGUCAAUUUAGACAUGGGAAAGGCCUUCUACUCGUGGCAAAUGCAAAACGACUCAAACAUUCAGGGAACUGUAGUGAGAUCGACUACCAUACCCGAGGAAUUGGGCCGCAUCUCCUACGUAUUGACCGACAAGACGGGCACACUCACACAAAACGAGAUGGUUUUCAAGAAGAUCCACUUGGGUAUUGUAUCGCACGAUGCAGACACUUUCCAUCACAUUGGGCAGAUGAUACAGAAGCUAUCGGGAAACAUUCUGCAACAGCAGCAGGGUAGUUUAUCGAGCUCGAGCAGCGGCGGAGACUCGACUAAGCCAAUGAUGUUUGGCAACAGGAUGCGUCGCCCGGAGGGAUGGAGGGAAUGGGAGGCGGUGCGAGCACUGGCCCUAUGCCAUAAUGUUACACCGGUUAGCGAUGACGAGGACAACCGAUCCGUGUCCACGGCAUCGACUGUUACCGGCGGUAACAACUCGCCAACCAAAUCUGUGAUAAACAUCGAGGCACCUGGCAGUACGGACACAGAGCACCAGUAUCAGGCUGCUUCUCCAGACGAGAUUGCCCUAGUAAAGUGGACUGAGCAGGUGGGAUUAACCCUUAUUGCCAGGGAUCUCAACACGAUGACGUUGCAGGUUAAGACCCCCAGCGAAGACAAUGACAUUCUAUUGCACUAUCAAAUUUUGCAGCUCUUCCCCUUUACUAGCGAGAGCAAGCGCAUGGGGAUUAUAGUGCGUGAGAGCAAAACGGGUCAGAUAACGUUUUACCUGAAGGGUGCCGACGUGGUUAUGUCUAGCAUUGUGCAGUACAACGAUUGGCUUAGCGAGGAGUCAGGAAACAUGGCUAGGGAAGGUCUUCGCACUCUUGUUGUGGCUAAGAAGGUUCUUACCGAGGAACAGUAUUCUGACUUUGAGACGCGUUACAAUGCUGCACGACUGAGCAUUACCGAUCGUGUCGCAAAAGUAGCGGCAGUCACUGAAUCCCUUGAGCGUGAGCUGGAACUGCUCUGUUUAACAGGAGUAGAGGAUCGUCUGCAGGAGAACGUACGACCAACGCUGGAGCUGCUGCGCAAUGCCGGAGUUCGCGUUUGGAUGCUGACGGGCGACAAGCUGGAGACUGCGUGCUGUAUUGCCAAGUCCUCACAAUUGAUUGGCCGGAACCAGGGACUUCAUGUUUUGCGUUCCGUUAAGACGCGUACCGAUGCUCACCAGGAGCUGAACAGCUUCCGGCGUAAGCAGGGUCAUGCAUUGGUCAUCUCAGGCGAAUCCCUCGAGGUUUGCCUGCAGUAUUACAGACCAGAGUUCCUGGAGCUGGCUACGGCCUCACCGGCCGUCGUCUGCUGCCGUUGCUCGCCAACCCAGAAAGCACAGGUGGUGGCCCUCAUUCAAAAGCACACAGGCAAACGAACCUGUGCCGUGGGUGACGGUGGCAACGAUGUUAGCAUGAUUCAGCAGGCGGACGCUGGAGUUGGAAUUGAAGGACGCGAGGGAAGACAGGCCUCGCUAGCCGGCGAUUUCAGCAUUCCGCAGUUUUCGCACAUAGCCAAGCUCCUGCUUAUCCACGGUCGCAGGAGCUAUAAGCGUUCGGCGGCCCUGUCCCAGUUCGUUAUCCACCGCGGCUUGAUCAUAACCACAUUGCAAGCGGUCUUCUCAGCAGUUUUCUACCUCAGCUCGGUGGCCUUGUACCAGGGCUUUCUCAUGGUCGGUUACUCCACGCUGUACACUAUGUUCCCGGUGUUCUCAUUGGUGCUGGAUCAGGAUAUCACAUCGGAGACAGCCGUCACAUACCCGGAGCUGUACAAGGACUUGUCAAAAGGACGCAGUCUUAGUUACAAGACCUUCUUUAUAUGGGUACUCAUCAGCAUAUACCAAGGCGGCGUUAUUAUGUACGGAGCACUAAUACUCUUUGUGGACGAGUUCAUCCACAUUGUGGCAAUCAGUUUCUCAGCAUUAAUCAUGACGGAGCUCAUAAUGGUGGCUCUCACCGUGCGUACUUGGCAUAGGUUAAUGGUGCUAGCGGAACUAUUUAGUUUGGCGCUUUAUCUCAUUUCACUGGCCGUGUUACAUGAGUAUUUCGACUGGGAGUUUAUUUGGUCGUAUGAUUUUCUUUGGAAGGUUUCUCUCAUCACGCUGGUCUCCUGCUUACCAUUGUACAUAAUCAAGUUCUUGCGCAAGAAAUGUUCGCCGCCCUCUUACUUGAAGCUCUCUUAGAUGGCGGCCUGGCAAAUGAAAUACAAAUUACAAAUUAUCCUGACUAUAAUUUCCAUUUAGUUCUGUUCACAAUUUAAACCUUUAUUAUUUACCAAUUGAUGCGUUGUUAUUUUAACUUGGCAGCCAUCUCUCAACUAUUUUUUGUUUUGCCAAUACCCGCACCAAUCCCAAAUAUACGUGAUAUCAGGUUAAACUCCCCAUAUUCGACACUACACUUCUUCAUGGUAUUUUUGUUACACAAAAUACAAAAGAAGAAGUGGUUCGAUUAUUGUAAUUUAAAUCAAACCGAUUCUUAUUUGUAAGCGUGAGGCGUAAAAGUUUUAAUAUGUCCUUCAGUUUUGUAUACCUGUGUGUAUUUGAUUAAUAUUUAAGUCGCAAAAACCAAAUUAUGUUACUAAUUAUUUAAAGAUAAAAUAAAUUAAUAAUAACUGUAACUAUGACUAAUAAUGAAAUCAAUUACCAUGGUAUAAGAAUUAAAAAUUGUAAAACAAAAAAUAUAGAUUUUGUAUAAGGAUUUAGAAAUUGCAUUGCAUUGUGUAAUAAUAAUUAUAAAUAAAUAUACAUAUAUUAAUGAAAAGGAAAA